UGGCGUUGCAUAAAAAUUGGUUCAGUGGAGCAAACGCCUUCAAGUCGAAAACAUCGUGAACAAAACCCGAUAAACAAGACGCGCGAACGUGAAGUGAAAGAAAGGAUUAUAGUUAAAUAUCCUUUAUUUGGUGUGAAUUAUAUUUUCUGUGCUUUAAUCCUAAAACAAAAAUUCUAUUUUAAAAAUAUAUAUUUUCCAGCCACUGCGUAUACUUAAUAUUUGGAAUAUAGACCUCAGUCGGAUACAACCGAAAAAUAAAUUCUAAACAAAAGUGAAGAUGUCCAGCAUGUUCCAUGGAGUGGCUUUUCUGGGCCUGUCGCUGCUCGUGACGCUGAUCCGUUUGGACGGGGCUCGGGCGGUGGGCUAUCACUACGAUCGUCCCACGAGACCCACGGCUCCUUCCGGACCCGGGCCAAAUAUUUAUUCAGGUCACCAGUUCAGUGCUCUGCCCACAAUACAUCCGCUGCCACCGAUUCCGGCACUACCACCACUGCCCACCGCCAGGGUUCCCAUACCCCGGAGUCGACCCACUGCCCCGGCUACCAGUAUAGUGAGCCAGUAUCGGCAACCAACAGCUCCUGUGGUUUCCACAUACAUUCCACCCUCGGUAGUGUCUCCCAUCGCCUCGAUUAGUUUCCAUGGCACUCCAACCUUGAAGCCGGUUUACGGACCACCACCUCCGCCAAUUCCCACUGCUGUCACUCCGAUUGUGGUGGCACCUACUGGACCUUCGGCUCCAAUACCCGCGGGCGGAAAUCUGCGUAUUCCAUUUGGAAAGCAGGCACUGAUCUCCCCCGGAGAGUCCUACAUUGCCAAUGGCAGGCAGCUGAAGCAGUACGCCGUCAUCGAGAUUAUCGACAACGACAUUGACGAGACACCGGGCCCCUUCCUGUCGGGCAGCAGCUUCUUCGAUCGGUAUGGUGCCCAUGUGGGUGCUCCGACAGCUAAUGGCAUCCAGCUAGAUUCCCGAGCCAAUUCCCUGCUCCUCGAACAACAGCAACUGGCCAUCCAGCCGAGAGCGGGAGCCCAGCCGGCUGCAGGUGGAGAUGCCAUUGCUCUGGGCUCUGGAGGACUGGGCUUCGUGCGCUUGCCCAAUGGAAAUGUCUACCUCGGAUCGGGCUCCCUGGGCUACAUCAGUGGACAGCAGAGGGUCGCCUCAGUUCUUGAUGCCCGCACUCGGUCGGAGUCCACCUCUGAUGCUCUGCACUUUGGUCAUGGUCCUUUGGGCGGAGUGGACAACCUGCUGAGAUUUUAGUAGAAGGGCUUCCAGCCACCUUCCUUAUCUACACACACACACCCACACACUCGCACACACACCAGCACACACAUCUGAAUACAUCUAUCUAUAAAAAUAUGUAUAUUAUGCUGUAAAUAUGUAAUUAAAAGAAAUGGAAAAGAAAAACCAUCUUGUGUUGUCUAAGUUAUAAGUCUGCUUAAACUAUUUGAAGUUCUUGUACAUUUGUCCUAAGCGAAACAUCGAAACUUGAUCAAAUAAAGACGACUAUGGAAACAGAA